CAAAAAUCCAUAAGAAUUCAAUUUGUUGUUUUUUACUUCUGAGUCGGUACGACCGAUUUGUGUACACAGCUUACAUGUAGCCAGGGGAACAGUUGACCUAAUUUCACCUGGAACACAUGAAUGGGGACAAUGAUGCAGUAACUUAAGUUACCAGAACCAGCAAUGAGGAGGUGCAUCUUUUCUCUUAAAGAUUGUUCAAUGAUGUAAAUGACAUUGGAGCAGUUACAACUCCAAGGGUAAAACCAUGCUGGCUGAUAAUAGGAGAAUUGAAGAAAUCCCCAAAAUGAAGCACCCAAAUCAAAACUCUGAGCAUUUCACAUUUAAUCUUGGCAAAGCUCAUGAGCUGAGAUGUAUCUAUAAUCAAAAAGCAACGAUUUGUGGAAAAUGUGAAUCAUGUCAAAUUAUUGCCAGAACUAACAGCACGAAGCAAUGGUUUCUCAAGGCAGGAGACAACACACAAAAAAGGUUUCUGCUUGGCUUAGUCAGACGAGCCCACAGUGUGGAUUUACUACAGCAAGUUGUCAAUUUACUCCAUCCUUUGUUAAAUUCCAAGGAUUUUACCUACGCAAGAAAUCGUGUGAACCCUAGUCUUUCAACAGAUCGGACAACAGUGAGUUCAGAUAGAGCUCUGACAUUGGCUCAGGUGGAGCAAGAAAUAAGCUCCACUUGGUCAUGGUACCAAUCUGCAGCAUAUUGGACCAAAUCAAAUUUUUUGCUCAAUUUAUUACACUGCUGUGAAGCUCACUUGCUGCACAUUGUAGGAACUCAAGCAAAGACCCUACUGGUGUCAGAGAGGUCAGCAAGCAUACCUGCAGAUGACUAUUUUGAGGCAGCUUCCAUAACCUCCACAGAGUACACAUUUAACACGGAGGAUCACCCUGAGGUGGAGCUCCUCUCUAAAGCCAGUCCUGGCUACACCACGCCCGCCAGCCUCUUCAGGGAUGAUCUCACAGAGGAAGAACUUGUCAACAGCGACAGAAGCGAAGAUGAAGAUGAUAAUUCCGAUAUCAGUUCAAUUGAUCCCACAUGCAUGGUCAUACCAACCUCUGCCAAGGCGCACUCAGGGGUGGCAAGAUAUAAGGAUAUUAUUCGAUGUAUUCCUGUGCAUUUGUCAAAGAAUAUUCUCAGUAUGUUGGACCAGACGUCCCUGUAUAAUGCUCUCCUGGUUAGCAAGCAUUGGAGAGCUCUGUGUGAAGAGGUCCACAGUGAACAUGCGGUUAAUCAACAGCUACAUGAGGAGGUGAUGUUAAUGCAGGGAGGGUCUGCCCAAGGUUGCAACCCUAUCUACGCUAAUGAUAUUGAUGUGGCUGUGCCUAACCUAUCAGGGACAGACUCUCACUCAACCAUCAAGACGGGAGAACAAGUGAUACAGACCCAGUUUAAAAGUGAAGUCAGUUUCCAGACAGCUUACAGUGGAAUCUCUACCCGUAAUGUGAUCAUGGAGGAAAGAAAUGUGUACUGUGGGGCUUAUAAUAUCAUGAUUCUCAGUGGACAGAAUGAUCCCCAUAGAGUGAUCCACACAGAUGGUAGUCGACUGAUAGCGAUCGGAUCUAAGGAUCGCAAGGUUCGCUUUGUGGACAAUGAAACGGGCAAGGAGAAGGGACCAGUGAUAUCUGGCCAUGCUGGAUCCAUACGAUGUGUGUUUCUGUGUGAGAAAGAACAGUACGUCCUUAGUGGAAGCUAUGAUACAAGCAUAAGAUGCUGGUCUCUAGAAACAGGUGCCUGUCAAAGAAUAUUCCGUGGUCAUCAGGACACAAUCCUAUGUCUGCUGGUGGUGAAGGGAAGACUGGCCUCUGGGUCCAAGGAUGGAUCCUGUAAAAUCUGGAUGCUAAACUCUGGGAAAUGUACCAGGACAUUCAAGCAUCGCCACCCAGUAUCUGCUGUCGCUAUGUCCAUUGAGGAGAUAAAAGAGAUCUGUAUCACUGGUUGUGAGGGAGGGAAAGUCAAAAUGUGGAACAUUAAAACUGCUCAACUGCUUAAGAGACUUGAUGGUCACCAUGGCCCUGUAUCCACUAUCAAGUUUGACAGAUGGCACAUAAUAACUGGCAGCAAAGAUUACUAUGCACUGGCCUGGAGUGCCCAGGGGAAUCACAACAGAUGUCUCACUGCACUGAGACACCCAGCUGAGGUAUUGUGUCUGGAGUUCAUGUACCUUAGAGUUGUGACUGGAUGUGCAGAUGGGAAAGUUCGUAUUUGGAACAUGGUGACGGGAAAUUGCCUGCGUAUCAUGAGGGGAAAUAGUAGAAGUGAUCCUAUACUGAAUCUCAUCGCUAUUGGGAAUAGGGUAACUCUGAACACAGUCAACAACCUCAUUGUGCUCAACUUUGAAAACAUCGAUUGGGACUACACUUUAGAAAACGAUAGAAUGCCUCCAUUGGUCACUUAUGGUAGUUACUCAGAUGUUCCAGUUAGGCAGCAGCCUUACCCCUACGUCAGAGCAAAAAGGAUGGAAAAAGCUGGGGCAACUAACACAAAGAUUGUUCAACAUGAUAAGCCUGACGGGAAAAAAGGUUUGUCUGGUCGAAGAGCUGCCAGUGCGCCACAGUUGGAGCAUAGUGCCAGGCCUCUUAGUGGCAAGAUAAUGCAGAGUGCAAUGGACACCCAGAGCACCAUUAAGCCGGACUCUGGCUAUAAUUCCCUAUGGGAGGAAUCUCUGUAUCGCGGAGAAAGCCGUCUGGCACAGAGGCCAGAAAGCCAGAAGGCGACAACUGGAAUGACAUCCGCAAAGCCACCCAUGUCGCCAAGUCUACACAAAGCUGGGCCUAAGUCACUGAUGUCCGCUAAGUCUUUGGGAUCUAGGUCUGGGGCUUCUAGUCCACAGAGGUCCAGGCAACAUAUCUCUGUCAGUGUUAUGGAUCCUAAAGUGCCUAAUUCUGACUACGAGGACAGUGAAGUUGACGCAGGCCCCACAGACAUGAAGCGAAGAGUGUCCUGGGCUUUUGAGCAUGCCCUGAUGCCCAAGACAAAAGAGCUCAGUCUUUCAGAAACUAAAGCCUUGUUAAGAUCUCAGAUAAGAGCCAAGGAGAAUGCCAUUCCACCCGACUUUAUUUACAUGACAAUAAACGCCAUACAUCAGAGCAAAAAAUCCAGAGAAGAGAUCAGUAGAAAUACACUAAUGAACCAGCAAGAUUCGAUGCUUGGAAGGAAAACUCGCCUCAAUCGACCAUCAUCUGGUCCUGCCAGUAUAGAUCCAAGAACCAAAAUUCCCAUAGAAGAAAUACUAGAGGAUUGGGAGCAGUUCCAGCAGCCUCAGCACAUCGGCUUUCACAAAUCUGCAGAAUCUGUUUCAUCUGCUGAAACAUUUUCUACAGCCAGACUGUCUAAAAAGAACGUUCCUCAAACUACAUCUGUACCACGUCCAGCUACAAAGGCAUGUGCAGUGGAAUUUGUUUCCAAACCUGUCGAUGUGAGCCCACACAAGAGCAUGCAUUCUAAGAAGGUAAAGUCAACCAUUCCCAAGGCACAGGUGAUUCGACCACAUACAGCAGUUAUGCUUCGAAGUUCUUCAACUUCAAAUUUGCCCCAGGACAUUGGUAACAAAGCUUUACGGCCAAAGACAGCCCCCACAAAACUGAGACCCAAAACAGCCACAACAGUGCACACUUUACAAUCAGAGGUCACAGCUUCAGGAGGUAAAGUCAAGUCUCACGGUUAUACCACAUCUACUCCUGCAGCAACCAUGACUCCAAUGCUGAUGUACCCACCUGGUUUUCGAGAGAAAAUGGAGCAGCUGCAGCAGGUUCGACAACAAAAACUUGCCGCUCAGGUCAGUGUUAUUCGGUCCAGCAGUGAGCCAGCUCUCGGCAAAGUCAGCCAGUAUAACAAUCCAAUGAGAACACAUACAGAGUUUAGGCUUUUUACUCAUGAACAGGAAGAGCAAAAAAUAGCCAACAUGGGGAAAAUUACAAGGGAUCACAACAAAAAGCUUGAAAGAGAAGCUGAAAAGGAAAAGAGAGAACUGUGGUUGGCUAAGGCCAAAGGUCAGACACACAAAGAUUUUGCAAGAAGACCCAGAUCUGUAGCACCAGAAUUACAGGAAUACUGGGAAAAUAGUAGCUUGUAGAAAGUCCUUGUUGACCUUUAAGAGAAAAAAUCUCUAUCCUUGUGAUCAAUGCCAUUCUGAUUUUAGCAUUAUUAAAUAGACUUGAUUUUAAUUAAAGACAUAAAUUAGAUUGAAAUUUACAUUCCCACAAGUGCCACAUUUGUGCAAAAUGCAUGAAGAAAAAUGCAUAUCACAUGAUAGGCAAGAGGUUGUGAAAUCUAGAUUAGAGAACUAGAUUAGAGAAGCAAAGAAAAAUGUAAAAGGACUUCUGCACUUUUUUUAAAAUCAUUUUUUUUCUUUUUGCAAGAUUUUUUUCUUUUUCAUUUGGGUUGUGUAUUUCAGAGAACUACAGCAAUAAUUGUCAUUCAGCACCAUUUUUCAGAUUUAGUAUGACGUGUAGCUUUGGGAGAUGUUGAAGUGUAUUUUACUUUUUGACAUCUUGUUCACUUUUCAUAAAAAUGAGACUAAUGCUCAAUAGAUCUGUUGUCCUUAAUUAGAUUUCAUACAGCAAUACAUUUUCUAUAAUUUAUUUUUAUUUAAACAAAAUCGACAAAAGGUAAAACAAUUUGGAAGACUACUUCUUGGUAUCUGUUAUAAUGGUUGAUCCUUCUUGUCAGUUCACUUUCAAGAAUAAAGACAAUUUUA